GUGGUCUUUUUGUUCAUAAAUGUCUUGGAACCCUGUGUACAUGAAUGGGGCUUGUUGAAUGGUGGGUUCCCCUCCUUCCUCCAGGUUGGUUCAGAUUAGGAUCUGACAACAUUGAGGUGUUGUAGAUACUGAGAAUAUAGGCUGGCAAAAGGGGAAAGUCCCAGGCUGCAGAUCCAGCUAGAAAGGUAUUUUGAGAGGUCAGACAGUUAGCAAAAACAACAUUAGGAGGUAAAGUGGAUAAAAAUAUGAACUCAGGAAUUCUACUUUUAAUCAUAUUCCCACUGUACCACUUACUAACUUCAUGAUGCUGGUCAUGCAGUGUAAUUUCUUUAAAUUUUAGUUUCCUUUAAAUUUAAUUCCCUGUUGGUAAAAGUAUGGAUUCAUAAUAAUACCUUACAGUUUUGAGAAUUGAUGAAUUAAUCUGUUUAAAGUACUUAGCAUAGUAAGUGCUCAGCAAAUAUCAACUACAGAGAUUGUACAAAAAAAACCGGCUUCUGUAGUAGAAUGUCUAGAUUCCUGAAUGGGAAUGAUACUGUUUCCAGCUGAGUAAUAGCUGCCCCUUUCAAGUGGGGUAUUUGCUUUCUAGUUUGCUGUAGUCCCCAGUAUUCCUUAUUGUCUUCUUCUCUGCUUGGUUUACUCAUACGUAUUACCUGCCUUACUUGUUUGGGCAUUUGGAUUUGUGACUCCUGUCUAUUGGUGUUAGGUAUAGCUGAAAGAAUAUCUUCAAUUUUCAGAACUGAUUUUUCUUUGGUGCUAGGAUGAAUCACUGCAGAAGACAGAAAUGCAGGCAGUAAUAACAGAGUAAAUUAGGCAAGGAAACUCCGUCUCAUCCAGGAAAUUCUUGGGAGCACUGGUAGCACACUGGUCGGCAUAUGUGAAUAAUGCUCACUGAGGUGUUUCAGGUGAAUGAAGAGCCUGAUGUUAGGAGUCUGGUGCUCUCUAUCAAUAUCAGCUUACAUCAUUGAAAAGAUAAUUUUGAAGAUAUGUUUUGCUGAAAAGACAACUGAGAAAAAUUUUACGAAUGGGAUGAACACGCUCCAGUUAACUGACUACCUACUGCAAUUUGAAUGUUAACAAUUACCCACCUGGUACAGUUAACCUAGUGAUGUACCUAUUCUCACAAUACCCUAUUUCAUUGUGCUUGUCUUGAUUAAAGAAUUCAAAGUGGAGUACCGCAAACUUGAUAUGGAUAAUAAAAAGAAAGACAAGGAUAAAUCAGAUGAUAGAAUGGCACGACCUAGUGGUCGGUCGGGACACAACACUCGAGGAACUGGGUCUUCAUCCUCUGGAGUUUUAAUGGUUGGACCUAACUUUAGAGUUGGAAAAAAAAUUGGAUGUGGCAAUUUUGGAGAAUUACGAUUAGGGAAAAAUUUAUAUACAAAUGAAUAUGUGGCAAUUAAACUGGAGCCCAUGAAAUCCAGAGCACCACAGCUGCAUUUGGAAUACAGAUUCUACAAGCAGUUAGGAUCUGGAGAUGGUAUACCUCAAGUUUACUAUUUUGGCCCUUGUGGUAAAUACAACGCCAUGGUGCUCGAACUGCUGGGACCUAGUUUGGAAGAUUUGUUUGAUUUAUGUGACAGGACGUUUUCUCUUAAGACAGUUCUCAUGAUCGCUAUCCAGCUGAUCUCUCGCAUGGAAUAUGUCCACUCAAAGAACUUGAUAUACAGAGAUGUAAAGCCUGAGAACUUCUUAAUAGGACGACCAGGAAACAAAACCCAGCAAGUUAUUCAUAUUAUAGAUUUUGGUUUGGCAAAGGAAUAUAUUGAUCCGGAGACAAAGAAACACAUACCAUACAGAGAACACAAGAGCCUUACAGGAACAGCUAGAUAUAUGAGCAUAAACACACAUUUAGGAAAAGAACAAAGUAGAAGAGAUGACUUAGAAGCUUUAGGUCAUAUGUUCAUGUAUUUUCUGAGAGGCAGUCUUCCUUGGCAAGGUUUAAAGGCUGACACAUUAAAAGAGAGGUAUCAGAAAAUUGGAGAUACAAAACGAGCCACACCAAUAGAGGUGUUAUGUGAAAAUUUUCCAGAAGAAAUGGCAACAUAUCUUCGUUAUGUAAGAAGGCUAGAUUUUUUUGAAAAACCAGACUAUGACUACCUAAGAAAGCUUUUUACUGACUUGUUUGAUCGAAAAGGAUAUAUGUUUGAUUAUGAGUAUGACUGGAUUGGUAAACAGUUGCCUACUCCAGUGGGUGCAGUUCAGCAAGAUCCUGCUCUGUCAUCAAACAGAGAAGCACAUCAACACAGAGAUAAGAUGCAACAAUCCAAAAACCAGUCGGCAGACCACAGGGCAGCUUGGGACUCCCAGCAGGCAAAUCCCCACCAUUUGAGAGCUCACCUUGCAGCAGACAGACAUGGUGGCUCGGUACAGGUUGUAAGCUCUACAAAUGGAGAGUUGAACACAGAUGACCCUACCGCAGGACGUUCCAAUGCACCCAUUACAGCCCCUACGGAAGUGGAAGUGAUGGAUGAGACCAACUGCCAGAAAGUGUUGAACAUGUGGUGCUGCUGUUUUUUCAAACGAAGGAAAAGGAAAACCAUACAGCGUCACAAAUGACUCUGGACACAGACAGAUCAUGGGGAGUUACUUACGUGUUCAUCUGCUGUCUUGUGAUUAAAAUCAUCUCUGUAGUGACCACAUAUAUUUCCAAGGACUCACUCUUAGAAACAAAAUGUCAUACUUUCAUACUUCAUUUUGUGGUUGUCUUACAUUCAUAUUUUUUUCUAAUUUAACUUUUAUGGAAGCUUUAAAGUUUUGUCCAAACAUGAGUGCUUUGCCCAUCAAUGAAUGGAAUGGACCAAGGAGGUGGUACUGACGGAUACAGCUCUAAAGACAUUUUUCAGAAGCUCUCCUCCUGUUGUAGAAAGCAGUACAGUAUCUUCAGUGUCAAACAGUUACAUGCCUAAUCUGGUUUUUUUUUAUAACUUCUGUAAGAGCAUAAUCAAGCAGGAAUUUUCUCCCCAGUGGAUAAUGCAACAGAGAAGACGCAGUUGCCCAAAUAUGUAAAAGAAGCUAUUUUGUGAGAAGUUCAUUUCUUGUGUGACAUGCGCAUUGAUUUCAGUAUUACUGACGGUACUGCUAGUCAUGAGUCAUACUAACAUUCUCUCUGUGAAAUCAUGGUACAGUCACUGCCCAGAGGUACUGAGGAAAAAGCUCUGUGGGUUCGGCAGACGGUAGGGGUCAAACGAAUCACCAGGAGCGUGCUAGAUAGGAGCUCUGCUUUUGUGGCACCACGACGUGAAGUACAGUGUCGCUCAAGUGGCAAAAGCGCUUUUUAAAAAAAAAAAAAAAAAAGAAAAAUGCAAAAUAUUUGUAUAAUGUAACUUUAUGCUUCCAGAUAAUAAUGUAUGUUAGACAGCAAGAAAUGAAUACUUUGAGAAAUUAAGUAUGUUGGAGUUUUUUUUUUUUUUUUAAAUACACUAAGGAGAAGAAAUAAAUGUGAAUCUCAUUGCAAUGUGUAAGGUUGAAGUCUGAGGAGAUCCCACUGAAACCUGCUGAAUGAUUACAUUCUCCCUUAAGCAGAAAAUUUUGGAUGUGCCAUGCAGUGGUGUCUGUUUAUUAAUUAUUUGCUCUUUGAUAAAAAAAAAAAAAAAAGGACCCCCAGCAAUAAAAACUGGGUCACUCUAUUGCCCUCUGUGCACAUUAGUCUCUUGUAUUCAACUUUGCUGGUUCUCUGGAAUUUUCCUACUUUUUAGUAUAAUUUUGAUGACUGAAAACUAUUUUGGAAAGGAUGGGUCAGGUGCUUUGCCUCCAUAGUCUUUUGAAGUGCCUGCAUAUGAACAAAGUAACAGUUCUGUAAAAAAGGAAACCCAUUCCACUUUUUAGGUAUGCUUUGUUUUAAGCCAUAAAGACACAGGUGUAGUACUUUGGUCGCAUUCUACUAGCCAGAUUCUUCAAGAAGAGUUAAGACAUAAAGACUGGCUAGAACGAGAAUGAUGUUUUUCAAAUCUCAUCUUCACCUUUCAUUUAGAAGAUUGCUACUUUUUCCAUGCAACCCUUUCUUUGUCUUUAAGUGCAUGCCUUCCGGCGUGCUUAUUUAUUUUUAUUGUCUCAAGGUAACAUUUAAAAUGUGUAAUUAAAGUAAAUAAAUUACAUUUUUGACUUCAUUAUUGCAUUUACAGGGAUUUAAUUGUACUUGGUAAUUUAUUUUUUCUUAUUAGCCAAAAGUUCAGCGUGUUGUUUUUGACAAAUUAGGCGCCCAUAUGAAUACUGCAAAUCAGGACAUUGUUUAUCAUUGUUGCUCUGAAUCGUCUGAAUGAUCUUUUCAAGUUCUUGAUUUUAAAGGCCCACGCUCAGCCUAGAAGACAUUUGCUGUAUAAUUUGGUCAACAGUUUCCAUUGUGUCUAUUUGUAUACUGUCAUGAUGUCUUAAACGACAGGAGUUACAUACUGAGUUUUUAUUUUUUGUUUGCCUUGAACAAGGUAGAUGGAUGUUUUGGCCAUUAUAAUGUGAAACCACUUUUUUCUUUACAGUAUUUGACCAAAUUUGUGUGUCUAUGAUAUUUGUAAAUACAUGGCGAUAUCUGUAUUUCUUAUCAUAAGCCUAUUUAGUUUUAUUCUCAGUAGGGUUUUUGGACUGUACAGUGUUUAUAUGAUCUGAACUCCUUAUACAUAAGAAGGUGUGUAUAUUAAUCCAAUUAUGGACUUAAAAUAUUUUAAAAGUAUAAAUACCCUUAUUUGCUGCAAAGACCAGUGUGUAGACAUUUGCUUUUUAGCAAUAUUUUUAAGUGCUCCAUUUUAAUGCCAAGGAGUAAGUCUUUUGGCAACACAAACUGGUCAAUAAUAGGUAAUGCAGGUAUGUUCAGGUUAAGCCAACAAUGUUUUGCAUUUUUAUGCUUCUUUUCUGUCAACACUAAUGAAGUCAACAUUGCCUGAAUGUCUGAAUAAUGAAACACAUCCCUGUUUAAAAGUAUGUAACUGAAAAAGAAAUAAAAAAUAAAGGUAGUUUUUUUAAACUCGCUUUUUCCCCCUUCCUCUAAUGACGGGUGAAGUGAUGCUACUCGUAAUAACCUAAGGUAGGAGUUCUAAAAAUCCGAUUCAUUUAGUUUUGUGUAUGUGAGAAGCCAAGCUAAAGGAAGACGCUUUUGUGUUUUGUGUUUCUGUUUGGAUUUUGCUUUGUGGGAGCCCCAACGUAAGUACAUACCUGGAAGUGUCUGAGCUUUCCUUCAAGAAAAAGCCUUUUACACUUCCCUGAACCAUUUAAUAGAGCGAUUAAUUAAAACUAAUGCUACCAAUAAAGCAAGGAAAAGAAACAGAAUCAUUUUAUUCCUUUUAAAAAAUGAAGUCAUACUGGGAUGUGCACAGCAGUGAAAUGUGAUUAAUCACUUUUCAGCGAAUGACUUUGCCAUUGCAGAUGGAGAGCAUGUAUCUGGGACAGACUCUCCCAGCUUAUCCUGUGCCAGGUGCUCUCAGGGGAGUUUUCCAAAAUGGUAUUAAUAGUGCUGUGCUUACUGAAAGAUGCUCCAGGUAAGAUAAGGCAAAGCAGCACCGGCUGACACCGGCAUUCAGAGGUGGUAGACCUGGAGAUGAAACCUAAUGGUCAAAAGGCCCGAUGUCGAAAAAUCUGAUUUAAGAUGGGGGUCAGUUGGAACGACAAUGCAGCCGCAUCAGCCAGCACCCUCCGAAUUGCGAGAGGCUUACACAGUAGGGGGUGUACGUUACCGUGUCUCGCUGACCAGGCCAGCGGAAGGGCCGGCUUCCGACGUGCUAGAUCCUGGUGCAGAGUCAGGAUCUCCCUGUGUCUCUCUCUCGCUUCCUCCCGGGCUGUUCUCAUUGCCAGGGACGCUUCUCCUGUGUGGUAGUGAAGCGGCCACCCAGCAGCUUCCGACGUCUGCUGUCUUCAUAACCUCAGCCAAAACGAAGAGCGGUUCCUCUCAGCGGUCCUAACAAAACCCUCACACUGACAUUUAUUGCUUCCUUGGUUCACAGGCCCACCCCUGAGCCAAUUACUGUGGCCAAGGGAAUGCUGUUUUCCCACCUUCAGAGGACACACUGGACUGAGAGAUGAGGUACGAGGGGUGUUAGCCAAGAGGAAGUGAGGGCAUGAUCACCAGAAGUCAGAGCAAGCCGACACUGCCCAGGCAAAACCCGUAGGCGGCCAUCGUCUUGAUGAGAAAAACGGGAGAGAGCCGAAAGGCAGACCUAAUCAUUUUAAAUCCGGAAAUGUUAUUAUUACUGGACUUCAUUAGUCUUUUUUUAAUAUGUUAUUAGAAAUUAUAUAUAGCAAGUGAAUACAUUUGAAAAAUGUUCUAGACUCAGGUAAAAACGGAGAGGUCCUCAGUACCUUCUUUGGUGUGUUUUUGUUUUUGUGGAGCGUUAAAGGUGUUUGUGAUAGAGCUGGGUUAGUAGACUAAAAAAGCUGGUUUUUCUGCAAGAGUACAAAUAAGUGGAGUUACAAAGCUUGGCUGAUGUUCAGGAUAACUAGUUUCUCCUCUGCCUAAAUCUUAUACAGACCCACAUGUUAUUAGGAAAUGUACUUAAUGAGAAUACGUGGAUCAUAACCAAGGGAAGAACUACGUAUUAUCAGGUUGUAUUGCUGGGAUAUAAAAAUGCUUUUGCUACAAAGAACAGUUGUUCACAGGAAGGUUCACCAUAUUGCAGUUGUAUUCAAAUGUAAAAACACUCCUGCACUGGUCUAGACUGAAGGUUGGCAAACUUUUUGUGGGCCAAGAGGCAAAACUGAGGCUCUUAAAUACUUGUGUAACAAGAAAACAAAUUUCCACUAAUUUUUUAUUAAUGGGAUCCAAAUUAUAUAUUAAUGCCUGAGUACAAUUAAAAAAAAAUACAAGUCUAGUAAUGAUAAGAAUUGAAUUAUUUUGAGGGGAUAAUAUUUCACAUAGCUGGGGUUUGAAAUCCAUGGCAAAUGUUCAUCUGUUAUACUGAUUGGUAAUGUGACUACAUAUUUCAUCUUUGAGAAUGUCUCCCGCAGAUAGAUACUACCAAAUACUGUUAUCAGUCCUCACAUGUAUGAUUUUCAUUGAACAUAUUUAUCAUUUGGAAGGUACUUACAGAAUUCCAUUAGAUUCCACUCUUGAUAUUUGCCCUUUGGUAUAUUAUUCCUUUGCAGGUAUAAUCACUUCCAAUUGAUGGCUAAGUAAAUAUUCCUCAGUUGUACAAUUACAUGGAUUUUGAGAUCCCAAAGUCCGGCUGGAACUGUGGUUGAGUUUGGAAAAUAGAUGCACUGCAAAUUUGUGUGGGAAUGGAGCUCUUGUUCCCUUUGAACCUGACCGUUUGGGAAGUUGUGUAAAGCAGUAUAACAUUACUCUUGAUUUAAACCUGAGAUGUUACUGUAUUGACUUUGCUGCAGUGUAAGUUUCACAUUAUAAGUGCUGUUCUGCCUUGUAAUUUUAAGUUGAAUUCAUUAAGAAACAUGAUCAAAUCUG